AUGGACCAACGCCAAGCGCAAGUCGACAUCGACAGACUCUCCGACCGCGACAAGCGCGACCUGCAGCAAUCCAUCAACAACGAGAUGCAAAAAGCCAAGAUCCAAGAAUCCGUGCACGAACUCACCGACAUCUGCUGGACGAAGUGCGUCACGGGGGCCAUCUCGUCGAGCGGGCUGGACCGGAAGGAGGAGCCCUGCGUGCGGAAUUGCGUGGAGAGGUUCUUGGACGCGAAUGAGGCUGUGCUGAAGCAUUUGAGCGUUAUGCGAGGGCAGGGGGGGGUGUGA